AUGUCAAAAUUUUCUCUGAAAGGGCGCACGGCACUGGUGACGGGUGGUGCUCGGGGCUGCGGGCUAGCCUUUGCGCGGGGACUCGCCGAAGAAGGCGCUGAUGUAGCAGUAUUUGAUGUUGCUUCACCAGAGGAAGGAUUCCAUGCUAUUGAGAAGGAUUAUGGUGUCCGAACCGCGUAUUACAAGUGGGUCGAUUGUACAUUUGAAGGGACCAUAGUUAACAACAGCAGAGUCGACGUCUCAUCUCAGGAAUCUUUGCAAGAAGGCUUCGCCAGCUUCCAGAAAGAUUUCAACAAUGCCCUGGAUAUCUGCGUUCCAUGCGCUGGUAUUAAUCGCCACCUUCCAUUCUUAGAGUUUACCUACAAAGAUCACCAGGAUCUACUGUCUAUCAACGUACUCGGACUUUACUUUACUGCCCAGCUCGCAGCCAAGCAAAUGAUUGCGAACAAGACAAAGCACGGCAGCAUCGUGUUGGUUGCCAGUAUGGCGAGCCAUAUUGCUGUACGCAGCCAGCUAUGCUCGGCUUAUUGUGGCACAAAGGGAGCAGUCAGAUCAAUGUGUCCGGCGAUCGCGAAAGAGGUGGCCGAAUACGGUAUUCGAGUCAAUUCCAUUUCUCCGGGAUUCGUGCGAACAGAAAUGACGGCCUCAUUCCCCCAUCUCCUCGACGGAUGGAAAUCCGAAGCCAUGAAUGGCCGCAUUGCCGAACCAGAAGAUAUCAUGGGGGCGUGUGUAUUCCUCGCAAGCGACGCAAGUUCGUACAUAACCGGGUCGGACAUUGUCGUGGACGACCACGAAGGCUACAGAAUUGGCCCUGUCGAUGCUUCCACUACUGUUGUGGUGGUGGGCGCGGGACCCUCGGGGUUGAUGCUAGCGUGUAAUCUCGUUCGCUUUGGAAUCGCCGUGGUGAUUCUAGAUGAUCGUCCCGACAAGACAUCCACGGGCAAGGCCGAUGGAAUGCAACCCAAGACCAUCGAGACCUUCAGACAACUUGGGCUUGCAGAUCCAUUGCUGAAGAAUGGAGCUCGAGUCUACGAUAUUUCCUUCUGGGAAUCAACAGCCAAGGAGUCCCUUAAGCGCACAGAUCGCAAACCCCACUACCCCGAGCACGUCGGUGCCUCCGAUCCAUACAUUUUGUUAGCUCAUCAGGGGAUGGUGGAAGAGGUCAUGAUUGAUGAUAUGGAGGCACGGGGUGUGUUCGUCACGCGCAAUAGCAAAUUCGUGUCAUGUUCGCGGGUGGAUGGAACGAGCCAACUAGAUAUUGUGUAUGAGGAUGUUACUACGAAUACGCCUCACAAGAUCAGAGCGCAAUAUCUGGUUGGAUGCGACGGAGCUCGAUCGAAGGUUCGAUCGUUUAUCCCGGAUGCUGAGCUCGAGGGAGAAUUAACAAACGCGGCGUGGGGAGUGCUAGAUGGUGUGAUCGAUACGGAUUUCCCUGAUCUAUGGAGUAAAGUUGCGGUACGGUCUCAUUUUGCUGGCUCGAUCUUGUGGAUUCCGCGCGAGAGAGGCAUGACUCGAUUAUACGUCGAGUUAAGCUCGACUGACGGGGAGCGGGUUGAAAAGACAAAGGCUACAGCUGACUAUGUCAUGAGCUGCGCCAGGGAGGCAAUGCAUCCAUUCAAGCUAGAGUGGAACACUGUGGAAUGGUUCGGAACAUAUGUUGUGGGCCAACGGGUUGCGAAACGCUUUAUGGACUCGGACGCACAGAUCUUUAUUGCAGGUGAUGCCGGCCACUGUCAUUCGGCUCUUGCAGCUCAGGGUGCCAACACAAGUAUGCACGACAGCUUCAAUCUCGCCUGGAAGCUCAAUCUCUUGGUCCGAGGACUGGCAAAACCAUCCUUACUCAAGACCUACGAAGACGAACGGCAAAAGAUAGCAUACGACCUGAUCAAUUUCGAUGUAGAGCACUGCAAAGCGUUUGCAGCAGGCGAUGAAGAACUGGUUAAGAACUUCGACGACAAUAUUCGAUUCAUAUCUGGUAUUGGAGCCGAAUAUGCUCCAGGAAUGUUGACGCAACUGCCAGCCACCACAUCGCGUCUUCAACCUGGAAUGCUUCAACUCCCAGCUAAAGUAACUCGCUAUAUCGACGCUAAUCCGGUAAACAUUGAGUUGGAUAUUCCUUUGCUGGGUCAAUUCAAGAUCUAUCUUUUCUUGCCUGAUGUUCGCCACUCGGGGACAGCACUGGACAAUGUUUGCCAACAGUUGCAAUCUCUUCUUGCUGAUAUCAGUGUGAGAGCCUAUCAGUCAUAUGGGAAACAACCAAGGGGAGAUUGUACCACAGAUGGAUUUAUCCAGACUCAACGCUACACGGGUGUCUCCAAUGUUUUUACUUUUGCGAUGGUUACGCGGUCUGCUCGGCCUGAGUUUGAGAUUGCUGAUCUACCGGAGAUACUACAGACUAGUCGCUGGACUUUGUAUCUCGACAAUCUUGGAGGGCCAAGCUGUACAGAGAAGUGGUUUGGAGGUUUGAACCGGGGGAAGAUUGGGAUCGUUGUUGUGAGGCCUGACGGAUAUGUUGGGGCUAUUGACACUUGGGAUGUCGAACAAGUGGGUGUCAUAGGGCCGUGGGUGCAGGAUUAUUUCUCUUUCAUGGUGUGA